AUGGGAGCCGCAGAACUGAAAGGCGAUGACAGCGGCGAAAGCCAGGUCUUCCAGCAACAAUCAGACGAUGGCUACGAAGAUCAUGAGCUCCCUCCGCUCCGAUCGACGACCGAACGACGGCUCAUGGCCAAGAUCGAUUGGCACAUUCUGCCGUGCAUUUGCAUCUUGUACUUGCUCGCAUUCUUGGAUCGAGUCAACAUCAGUAACGCUGCGAUUUUGGGCCUCACGAAAGACUUGAACAUCGAGCACGGCACCAAGUAUAACACCGCUUUGGUCAUCUUCUUCGUCCCGUAUAUCAUCCUUGAAAUUCCGUCAAAUAUUCUCCUCAAGAAAUUCAAGCCUCAUGUGUGGUUGCCGCUAUGCAUGUUCAUGUUUGGCAUUGUGAUGCUUUGCCAGGGAUUCGUUCAGAAUUGGAGUGGGCUAAUGGCUACUCGGUUCUUCCUUGGGGUUUUCGAGGCCGGAAUGUUUCCUGGAUGCUUCUACCUCUUGGGAAUGUGGUACAAGCGUAGUGAAGCCCAGAAACGAUUCAGCUUCUUUUUCAGCUCCACUACCCUUGCCGGCGCCUUCGGUGGAUUGCUGGCAUAUGGUCUUGGGCAAAUGAAGGGAAUCCGUGGAUACAAUGGCUGGCGCUGGGUUUUUAUCAUCGAGGGUGUCAUCACCGCCGUAGUCGCCAUCGCAUUGUAUUUCGUAAUGCCCGACUUCCCCGAGGAGGUCAAGUGGCUGUCCGACGAGGAGCGUGAGUUUGUUCGCGCCAAGUUGGCCAAAGAUGUCGGAAAAUCAGCACACCAUGUCAAGCAGGAUGCUCGUGCGGUCUUGGGUGUUCUCAAGGAUUAUAGGGUUAUCAUUGGUGGCUUCAUGUACUUUGGUCUCAUCGUGCCUGCCUAUGGAUAUGCCUAUUUCGCGCCAACCAUCAUCAAAGGCUUUGGAUAUAGCUCUGUCACGACGCAGUUGUAUUCGAUCGCUCCUUGGGCCGCAGCAUUCGUGUUCUCCUUAGUUAUUGCCUACCUCUCUGAUCGGUUCCGACAUCGCUUUAUUUUUGCGGUCACCCCAAUCCUGAUCGCGAUCGCUGGAUUCGCGAUGCUUCUUGGCAUCCACCACGACACUGCCGCCCAGUACGGUGCGCUUUUCUUGGUGACAAGUGGUUGCUACAGCGCUAUGCCGGUUGUUGUGUGUUGGUUUGCCAUGAACAUGAGCGGCCAUCAUCGACGCAGCGUUGGUACCGGAUGGCAGGUUGGAUUUGGUAACAUUGGUGGUAUUAUCUCCACCUUUGCUUUUGAGACCAAGGAUGCUCCCUACUACAUUUCUGGGUACAGUAUUUGCAUUGGUUUCUCCUGUCUCGCAAUCAUUUCUUGUGUGGUCUACGUCGUCGCCCUAAGGCUGGAGAAUCACAAACGCGAUCGGGCUCCAGUCAACCCGAACGAAAUCCCCAACGAGACAGAGGAGACCCUUGGUGAUUUGGCACCGACCUACCGCUAUGCGUACUAG